AUGGAAUCUUGGAUGACCAUCAACAUGGCCAACAUCACAGCCGAUCUAUUUAUCCAGAACAACACUCGAGAGUCCUGCUGGUUAGCCAUCGAUGGCGUCGUCUGGAACGUGACUGAAUUCCUGUCUGAACAUCCCGGAGGUGCCAAUGUGAUUCUCAAAGUCGCUGGUCAAGAUGCAACAAAGCAGUAUUCGACAUUUCACAAUGCAUCACUAGUAAGAGAAACCCUAGAUCCAUCAUGCCGUCUUGGGACGAUAGAUCCAUCGACCCUUCCGUCUGUCGAAUCAGAUUUACCAGCAAAACAGCCGAUCGAAAGUCUCCCACCCCUCCGGUCCAGGAUCAAUCUCGCCGACUUUCAAGCCUCAGCAGAAGUGACCAUGACACCUCUAGCCUGGGCCUACGUCUCCUCCGGUGCAGACGACGAGUUUACCAUGAACGCCAACGCUCUUGCCUACCAGCGUGUUCUACUUAGGGGCCGGAUCCUACGUCGCGUUCCAUCCAUCGACUUGACAACCUCGAUUCUCGGCCAGAGAUCCAGUCUCCCGAUAUAUACAUCGCCUGUAGGGCUCGGGAAGCUCGUGCAUCCUGAAGGCGAAUGUGCGAUCGCUGCAGCCACUGGCCGGGAAGGGGUCAUUCAAAUCGUGAAUACCGUCUCGUCCAUGCCGAUCGAGGAGAUUAUGGAUGCGAGGGUGUCCAAAGACMAGCCGGUCUUCUGGCAAUUGUAUGUAAAUUCUGACUUGGAAAAAUCGAGAGCUUUUGUUYWAAGGGUAGAGAAAGCCGGUGUAUCGGCAUUGUUCUUGACGGUGGAUUCGCCCGUUACUGGAAAUAGGGAAAGGGAUGAGAGACGCGCAGCGCUUGACAUGGAGGCCGAUGAGAACUUCGAGAGCGUGGUGGAGGGCUCCCAGAGCGCGGGAGUCGCAGCUUCCAACACGUCCUUCAUCAACGCUGACAUUGAUUGGAACAUCAUCAAGUGGUUGAGAUCCAUUACCCGAUUGCCAAUCGUGGUCAAGGGUAUCCUGUGCGUCGAGGACGCGGUCCUGGCGUAUGAGCACGGUGUAGAUGGUAUCGUGUUAUCGAACCAUGGUGGCAGAUCUCAAGACACUUCUCAGCCUCCUCUUUUGACGUUGCUCGAAGUACGGAUGUAUGCGCCGCAUAUCAUGGGCAAUCGAAUGCAGAUAUUUAUUGAUGGCGGUGUUCGACGAGGAACCGACGUGCUCAAAGCACUGUGUUUGGGAGCCACCGCGGUGGGAAUCGGGAGACCCGUACUGUUUAGCAUGUCUGGGUAUGGUAGGAAUGGAAUCAGGAGGAUGAUCCAGAUCCUGCGAAAGGAGAUGCAGACGAAUAUGGCGUAUCUCGGCGCUAGGAAUCUGGGAGAGCUGAAGCCCGAAAUGGUGAACACGAAACAGCUGGAGAAGAUGGUGGUCAGCCUGCCGAGUUUGUAG